AUGGAGGCGGAAUGGAUACGAAUGCUAUUAACAUUCAAUAGCUCUACAAACAUAAGUGAGUUUGUUGGGAUGUUAGACGGAUUUGGUUUACAUCAGACCCGGCUACAGGCAGACACCAUAACACUAACAUUGCUUUACAUACCUGUCUUCGUGCUGGGCAUGGCUGGCAAUAUUUUCAUCACACUUAUCAUCGCGUCAAACCGACAUCUCCGAAACUCAACAAAUUUAUACCUUAGUAAUAUGGCUUUAGCUGAUUUGUGUGUGAGCCUUAUCUGUGUUCCAAUGGCUGUGGGUCAAGCACUGUACCGAGUCUGGAUAUACGGGGAGUUCAUGUGUAAAAUCACAGUCUAUCUACAGGGUGUGACGGUAGCUGCCAGUAUAUACACAAUCGCGGUCCUCAGCAUCGACCGGUUUCUAGCCAUUAGACAUCCAAUGAUAUUUCGUCGUGUGAGCAACACCAGGUCAGCUGUUAAACUGAUCACUGCUAUAUGGGUGUUGUCUGUUGCUAUUAUGUGCCCUCUAUUGUUCAUGAGAAGAGUAGACGCCGUGACCGUUAUUCCAGGCGAACCGUUGUACCUAUGUAAUGAGGUGUGGCCAGAGAUUGGACAUCGACAGGUGUACGACCUUCUUCUGUUCGCCAUUUUGUACGCGGUACCCGGAGCCAUUAUCGGCAGCUCAUACAGCCUCAUAGGAAAAGAAUUAUGGACAGAAGAUAAAAACUUACAACGAACCGAGUCUGAGACUAGCCGUGGCCUCGGUAAACACGUGAUGAACGGAAGAAAACGGGUGGCGAAAAUGUUGAUAGCGCUUGCCAUCUUGUUCGCUGUGUGUUGGCUUCCAUAUCAUAUUGUAAGCCUGUACUUAGACUUCCAUAAACGUCACGUGCGGCCAUUCCUUACGGUACUUCCGUUUACUAUUCUUGUAGGACAUGCUAACAGUGCUCUUAAUCCAGUUUUAUAUUUUUAUUCAAGUAAAAGUUUUCGAAAAUAUUUAUUUAGGUUUCUUAAAUGUAAGAAAAGAAGUGCGAAACGAAAUUUCGCGGUACGAUACACUCCUCCAAAUGGUGCUGUAGAAGCGCGUGCAACUAACAGGCCGCGCAUGCGUGUGAUAUCGUCAAGCACAUUAACGAGAACAAGGUCUACUGACAGUUUCCGUUUUUCAAGAUCAUCAAAUGCAAGUUUCAAAUCUACAAACACAGGAACAAGAUCACGAGAGAGUUCAUCAAGAGACAGAUGCAUAUCGCGAGAAAAAUGCUAUUUCAGAAUGGACACAAAAGCCUUUAACCUGAGUGUACCAGGACAGGAGAAAAAGUACGAAACAAUCAAGGCACUUGUUUACGCUCACAAAAGGGAAAUUCUCGAUAGGUCUCUCAGUAUCCCUACCACAAUAAAUGAAGAGAGCAGUAGAAAAGAAUCUUUAACACCUGGUAGGCCUCAAGUUAACCAGCCACUUAUUUCUCAAAUACCGGAAGUGGAGGAAAAUUGA